UUGUCCCGUCCCAUAUUUUGGUUCACUAUAGCAAAGUUCGUAAAAUACUCGUAAAAUAAAGGGAGGAACAAAGUUGGGUUCUCUGUGUUGGGUUCUGCUCCUCGCUUUCUCUCACUACCUGUUGCCCCAAGUAAUCAUAGAUUGAAAAGGAGAUAGAGAUUCUUCUGGAAAUGAAUUUUAUUGGGCAAGCUCAAAAGAGAAACCUUGUUGAUUGUGAUUAUAAGUUGAUAGAGUGAAAGUUGAAAGUUCUGAAAUUCCUGGAAAUUCUGGCCGAGUUCAGUGAAGAGAAGAUGUCUAGUGGAGAAGUGAGAAAGGUGUCUCGGCAAGAUAUACAGCUUGUUCAAAAUCUUAUAGAACGCUGUCUUCAGUUGUACAUGAACCAGAAAGAAGUAGUUGAUACUCUCUUGUAUCAGGCAAAAAUUGAACCUGGCUUUACUGAACUAGUCUGGCAGAAACUUGAAGAAGAGAAUCGAGAAUUCUUCAAGGCCUACCAUGUUAGACUUCUGCUUAAGAAUCAAAUACUUGUUUUCAAUAAGCUCCUGGAGAAGCAGGUUGAGCUCAUGCAAAAAGUCUGCCCCCCUGGAGUUUCUUCUGUACCACUUUCAAAUGGUUCUAGUUCUUCUUCAUUACAGCAGACUCCAUCAUGUUAUUUAUCUGAUCAUGCAUCUACAUCGUCAAGACCUGACAACAUGUACUGCAAUGGAGGAGGAUCUUCGAGUGCAAUGACUAAUGGUGCAUCCUCUGGACAUCAAAACAUGCAACUUGGUAAUAAUGCCUCCAUUCUUGCUCAGAGGAUGGACAUUUCACCAAGCUUGUUAUCAACUCAGAACUCACACAUUGGAAGGACUAAUGGGAUUAAUGGAGCGGCAAUAAAAUCAGAGCCUAGCUAUUCGAACAACUCUGAGUUCACUUUCUGUGCUGAGAACAAUUUCUUAGAAACUCGUCCUCCUCUUGGAGUUGAACCCGGUGCCUCCUUCAGCAGUUCCGAUUUAAAUGGGCAACAACUGAGUGAGGCACUUCUGGAUAUGGAUUCAUCCUCAUUUGGAUUUUUAAGCCAGAUUCCCCGAAAUUUCAGCUUCUCGGAUUUAACAGAUGACUUCACGCAGAGUUCUGAUAUUUUAGAGAAUUAUGGUAGAUCUCCUUUCCUUGGAACGGAGGGGAACUUUUCAGAUUCUCCUGGAAGGGACUGUAAAGAUGAAGAGAGGAGGUUGGACACCAUCUCGGAGGGCAUAAGCUAUGAUGAUUUCGGGAGUGACUGAUCAGAAAUCUGAAGUUAUACUGCUUUCAAGGUUUAUAAGAUAACAGAAUUAGCUUUUGUACAUAAUUGGAUGAGCCGCUGGUUUGAAGAUUGUCAACAAGUUAAGCAUUAUAGUCGCUUGUUGUGUGUGUGUAUUUCUAAUUGAUGUUAAUGCUCAAUUUGAUACGGGUCUGUUUGUGAUAAAUAGUGGCCUCCAGAAUUAAGCCAAUGUUUUAACUAAGCUCUGGGUUUGACUCGUCUUGAUUUGUUGUUGGUGGUGCAUGACACUGUAGUGUGAGUUCUGCAUAUGGAUUCUAUGUGGUGUUGCCGCUGGUUGUGUUGUGUAGAGAGUAUAUUAUCAUGUGUAAUAUAGUAUUUUUUUAUUUAUCAUGCA